CCGCCACCGUGGGAAGAAGCUUGGAUCAUCUGCAAGGCUGACGAGGGACCUUGGAUGACAGCUUGCUUCAAACAGGAACGAAUGGAAUGCUCGCAACGACAAACUUUGAGUAAAUAAUCACCACAAGCCUCAAUACCGAUCUCGAGCGCCAUACCACGAUUGAAACCCGGCUUAGCACAGACACACAACGAUACAAGAGGAAAACUCGGCUCGAGCGACGAGCGCAUCACCAUGUUCAAUGCGCUGAACCGCUUCAUGUCCCGCCUGGACGGGCAGCAACCAACCCAGCAGAAUAACCAGGGCUCGUUCGGUUUCCAGGUCCUCCGGAACACGAACCUCGAACUCAACGUCGAGCCUUGGUUCGACUUCAUCAUUGGUAUCAACGGCCGGCCCAUCGACAACCCCGACCCAAGCCUCUUCGCCCAAGAAGUCCGCAACUGCGCAGGCGGCUCCGUCUCUCUAGGCCUCUGGUCCGCAAAAGGCCAACGCACCCGCGAGAUCCACGCCCUCGUCCCCUACGACACCGCCUCCCUCGGCCUCUCCCUACAGUGGACCCCUCUCGCCGUCGCCGCCAACAUCUGGCACGUCCUCGACGUCGCAGCAAACUCUCCCGCCGACGGCGCGGGGCUCCUCCCCUACGGCGACUACAUCCUCGGCAGCCCCGAGGGCGCCCUCCACGGCGAGGGCGGGCUGAGCGAGCUCGUCGAGGAUCACAUUGGCCGGCCCUUGAGGCUGUACGUGUAUAACAACGAGUACGACGUCACGCGCGAGGUGACGAUCCAGCCGACGCGCGAGUGGGGUGGCGAAGGGGCGCUGGGAUGCGUGCUGGGGUACGGUGCGCUGCACAGGUUGCCCGCGCCGCUGAACGAGCCCGUCGACGCGCCGGGCGAGAUGAUGUUUGACGCUGGCGGGGAGAAGGACCCGGCUGCCGCGCUGUACGGGAACGCGGCUCCCCUUGGUGGCGAGGUGCAGCAGAACCUCUUCACGCCCGCCACGCCUGGUCUUGGCGCGCCGCCUGCUCCGACGGGCGGCGACUUCUUGGUCCCUGCGCAAAUGGUGGACGCGGGCGCCGCCGCACCGCCGCCUCCUGCGGGUACGGCGACGACGAGGAAGAAGAAGGAGAGGGCCCACGGUGGAAACAAUAACUUUAUGGACGACUACUUCAAGGAGGAGGAGAAGAAGAGCAGGGAGGCGGACAAUGCGCCCAGCGGGAGGGGCACGCCUGUUGCGCCGCCUCCGAAGAUGGGGGGACCGCCGCCGCCGCCUAGAGCUGGGUCGACGGGGCCGCCGAAGGAUCAGCCUGCGGCCGAGGAGGGUUCUGAGUGAUGGAGAGAGGGUUGGGAGGCUGAGGUUGGUGGGCGUGUGUCGUUUUCAUAGAACUAGAAUUUUGGAGUCCACUGUCAUGAUGAUUCCCAGAAUUGCACUUUUUUUUUCUGCUCUUAGACAUCUACCGUGCUGUGAUGCAACGCCUGCUCGAAUAAUAUACAUUGCUUUGUUCGUUCCGCAUGCUCAUGCGGUCGUGAUGUUGUAGCUUUGAUGCUUCACCACCAAUUGGUCUAUCUACCCCCACAUCGAACCUCUGUCUUUGAUUUGGGAGCCAACCCCCUAAUCUUGUCCUGACCGUAAGGAAGAAACCUCUCCUGUUGCUUUAUCUGGCAUGUGCCCUUAGUUUAUGAAGUUGACACAGAAGAAGUGCAGAAUCAGACUGCAUGCGACGUAGUCGGCGAAAGCU